AACACCAUUACCACCAUUGGAAGGUGUUUCUCCCUGCAACAAUCUGAGAAAAGAGUAAUGGAGGAAGAGGAAGAGCAGCAAAUCAGGGAGCGAAAGCAGCAGAGGAAAAGCUCUGUAGUGAUAAAGAUACCAUCUUAUCAGGAAGUGAUUGAGAGCUCACAGUCGAAGUCAACCCCUCCCUCUCUCUUCAACCCUUCCCAGUCCUUCUCUCAGGCCUUCUCCUUCAUCAAAUCCUCUGAGUUCUACACUCCACCUCCCCCACCCUCCAAUGCCUCCUCCUCUUCUUCCUCUUCGCAUUUCGCACAGGCCUCCAACGGCACCGUUUCAAGGCAAACUAGUCCAUCAGAUGCACCAUCUUCUUCGUCAUCAACUUUUGCUGCUGCUCCUGCCACUACUUCAUCAAUGUUGUCAACAUCACUUGCCACACAGAACCGCAAUGCAAUUCUGGUGAGCCACAGACAGAAGGGAAACCCCUUGCUCAAACAUAUAAGGAAUGUGAGGUGGACUUUUGCAGAUAUUGUUUGUGACUACUUACUUGGUCAAAGCUCAUGUGCUCUCUAUCUGAGUCUUCGGUAUCAUCUGCUGCACCCAGACUACUUAUAUUUCCGUAUCAGAGAACUCCAAAAGAAUUUCAAGCUUCGCAUCGUCCUAUGCCAUGUUGAUGUGGAAGAUGUAACCAAGCCUUUACUUGAAGUUACUAAGACAGCUCUGCUUCAUGAUUGUACCCUAUUAUGUGCUUGGAGUUUGGAGGAAUGUGGUCGGUACUUGGAGACGAUAAAAGUCUAUGAGAACAAGCCUGCAGACAUUAUUCAGGGCCAAAUGGAUACAGACUAUCUAUCACGGCUGAAUCAUUCUCUUACAACAGUUCGACAUGUUAACAAGACUGAUGUAGUCACCCUUGGUACAACAUUCGGGUCCCUUUCUCAUAUCAUGGAUGCAUCCAUGGAAGAUCUAGCUCGAUGCCCUGGAAUAGGAGAGCGCAAGGUACUUUUCAGCAUUCAAAGUAAGACGCUUGCAUGACACUUUUCAUGAGCCAUUCAAGCGUGUGGUUUCCAGCCGCCCUGCUGUCUCAGAGACUCCUGUCCAGGACAAUGCUGAACCU